AGUGCCCGCCACCACCGGAGCGGGUUUUUAGUGGCACCAGAAACUACGAGCUUUCUUCGGAUGGUGGCUGCGACGUUAUCAUGACUGGUAAGAAGUCUUCCCGGGAGAAGCGGCGCAAACGAAGCAGCCAAGAGUCGGCCGCGGCUCCAGCAGCCCCGGACUUGGUACCCGCCCUCGCCGGCAGCGGCAGUGGAAGCACCAGCGGCUGUGGGAGCACUAGCGGCUGCGGGAGCGUCAACUGCUGUGGGAACACCGGCUUCACUGGAAGUGUUACGGGCGGUGGGAGCAGCGUGGAGCGCAGCGAGCGCAGGAAGCGCAGGAGCACGGACUCUUCUUCUAGCAUUUCGGGAUCCCUCCAGCAGGAAACCAAGUAUCUUUUGCCAACUUUGGAAAAAGAAUUACUCUUGGCAGAACACAGUGACCUUGAAGAAGGUGGCCUGGACCUGACUGUAUCAUUAAAGCCAGUUAGUUUUUACAUAUCUGAUAAAAAAGAAAUGCUUCAACAGUGUUUCUGUAUCAUAGGAGAAAAGAAGUUACAGAAGAUGCUCCCUGAUGUGUUAAAGAACUGUUCAAUAGAAGAAAUUAAAAAACUAUGCCAGGAACAGUUAGAGCUGCUAUCUGAAAAAAAAAUCUUGAAGAUUCUUGAGGGUGACAAUGGUAUGGACUCUGAUAUGGAAGAGGAGGCAGAAGAUGGCUCUAAGGUGGCAUCCGAUGUAGUCAAUCAACAAGAUACUUGUGUGGACUCUACUUCAUCCCUGAAAGAGAACAAGCAACCUGAAGGUUUGGAAUUAAAACAAGGCAAAGGGGAAGAUAGUGAUGUACUCAGUAUAAAUGCAGAUGCUUAUGACAGCGACAUAGAAGGCCCAUGCAAUGAAGAAACCACUGCUCCUGAGGUCCCAGAAAAUACAGUUCAAAGUGAAGCUGGGCAGAUAGAUGACCUGGAGAAGGACAUUGAGAAAAGUGUGAACGAGAUUCUGGGACUGGCAGAAUCUAGCCCAAAGGAACCCAAAGCAGCCACCCUGACUGUUCCUCCUCCAGAAGAUGUUCAACCGUCUGCACAACAGCUGGAGCUGCUAGAACUUGAGAUGAGGGCGAGAGCCAUUAAGGCCCUCAUGAAAGCUGGCGAUAUAAAAAAAACAACCUAGUUAUUUAACUUGAAUCUGUACUUGAGCAAAGCCAUGUCAUAUUUUGUAUCUGAAGUUUAUUUUGGGUCUUUUAUGAUAUUUCACAUGUAACUCUUAUUUGAUAAAUUCAUCUUAGGUCUGAAAUACCUAUUUUUUUGUUGUUGUUGCUACUUUUCUAUUGUAUGUGCGUUACUUUUUUAUGAAUUCAUGGCAAACAGCUUUGGGUAGUCUAGAUACUUUGUUAGGCGAGUGUUUAGCUAUGUCUGCAAGUUAAAAUCCACAAAGCCAUUAGCAAAGAGUCAUGGCAUUUUGUUUCUUUAUUCUUAAAUGUUUUGCCACCAAAUCUAAAGCCAAUAAAGAUUACCUAAGCAUGUUGCUCUUAAGGCUGCCUAUUUUGCAAUAGAAUAUUAAAAUUAUUGCUUCUAGAUUUGUUAACAAUUGAAACCAGUUUGUUAUGUUGCACUUACAACUAUGUUCUGUCUUGAAGAUGCUUUCUAAGAGUGUGGAUUUAGUAGUAAAAACUGCAUAACAAUUUUUGUUAUAAGGCUUACAGAGCUGAAAUGAUUGCUUAAAAACUUUUUAUUAAAGAAAAAAGAAUUUAUUAUAAGGCCAUUUUUUAACAAUGUAGAACUAACUGCCCAGCUUUAAUUCCAGCAGACAAAUCAUUCUAACAGAUUAUUUGAUCUUAUUGGACACUUUGUUCAGUUUUUUCCUUCAAUAAAAAAGGGGAACACAUUUUCAUUUACAUUCCGAGCUAUCACGAAAAGAAUAUUUGAUCAUACAGGCUUUCAUCUGAUGUUUUUGCUUGAAGAUCUGAUGUACUGUAAUUCCAUGAAUUAAAAAUAAUAAAGACUAUCAUUCUGGAUCUGGAGACUUUUGAUACAUUUCCAAAAGCAAAAUUAAUUUCAGGAAGCUUUGAUGAAUUGAUGUUACAAUUAAUCUAAUUUUGUAUAGUUUUUGUAAAUAAAUUAACAUCCUGCCACAAUCACAGAUGCUUUUUGCCCCAUCACUAAUUGUAGUUGUUUGAUAUCAAAAUUAAUUUAGGGUAUAGACUCUUAAAAUUAAUUAGUUUUUUUUCUAAAAUAUAAACCUGCAACUGUUGUUUUUAUAAUUGCUAACAAAUGUAAUAUAUUUCAUUUAUAAACUAUGCUCCACUAAUGUUGUCUGAGCAUUUUCCUCACACCUAAAAUUUGCAGGGAUUGUGUUAUGUUAACUGGCUUUACUACAUGUCAAUUAUAGAGGGUUCCUUGUGGAAACAGAGUAUUUGUGAAACAUUGGAAUUGUGGUUACAAAUUCAUUUUGUUGUUGCUCUUGAACAUGCCUUGAAAUAAUUCUAUUAUUUUUCCCCAUUGAAUUUUUCUAAUGAAAUACCAAUGCCUGUAUCAUUUGAAUUGCUUCUCUUAGGCUGGUAAAUGCAGAUAGGGUUUAAAUAGUGAGUUCUCAUUGUUUCUGCUUCAAGAUGAAAAAACAUUGAUAUGGUAAAAUAAUUUUGCAAUUCUGAAUUAAACUAAAAGUUAAAAUAACAAUGCAGAAUAAAUGUUAUUGCUGCUUCUGAAUUAUAAAAUGUCAUUAGCAUUUGUGUGAUUAAGCAUCAGAGUAGAAAAAGGUCUGAGUGCUUUGUAGCUGAUGAUUGUCACUACCUUCUUGAAGCAUCAUGUCCUAUUUAGUGUGUAGACUGGGUUAGAGUACAUUUGACUAAACUGGGUAUGUGAGUGAGAAUGAACUGAACAAAUUAAAGGCUACUGAGA